UCGCUUUUACCAAUUCACGGAAAGAUGACAACUUUUCGAUAUUUAGUGUGUUUUGCCUAUAUAGGUAAACCAUACAGAGGAUUACAGAUACAGCACAACUGUGAAAAUACAGUGCAGAGAAUAUUACAGGGAACCUUGAGGGCAAUACUGCAACGGCCUGACCUUGAGACUACCACCAGCAGCCGCACAGACAAAGGAGUACAUGCUCUUUCUACCUAUCUCCACUUUGAUUUGUCUGUUGGGUCCACCUUAGAUGAUGGACAAAUUUUCCAGCCUCCUGAUUUAAAAAAGCUUUCUGAGGAUGUGAAUGCCAGACUUAUUUCAAAUAAGGAAUGCAUCAGAGUUCGAAAUAUCAAGCAGGUUCCCAGCUCAUUUCACUGCCGUUUUGAUGCAAAAACCAGGAGUUAUGUAUACCGCUUAGCAAUUGGUCGCAAAGAAGGGAUAUUUCUCAUGCAGGCUUUAAUGGAAUCAACAAAAAUUGAAUGGAUUUGGUAUCCCAACUUCAACUCCAGUAAAUUUAUCAAAGCGGCUGAAAUGUUCGCUGGAAAGAACCAGUUCUCACUUUAUCGAAAACCUGACAGGAGGAGGGAUUUUGCUGGUCCAACGGAACGAUCAGUUAUAGUGCAUAUACGACGUGGAAAUUUAUUGUUUAAUGAAUGCUUUGAAGGAAAUGCAGAACUCUGGGAUGUCCAUAUCACAAGCAGAUCUUUCAUGCGAAAACAGGUGCGGAAAAUGAUAGGUGGCAUGGUUAAUGUUGGAAAAGAAAUGGUCACCUUGGAGUCACUGAAACGCAUGCUAAAUGGCCAAGGCACACAGAACUCAAGGGACAUAGUAGGAGCAAAGGGACUUUUUCUGAAAUCAACAGCGUUCAAACAUGAAGCUUUUGAAUUUAAUGAUGAAAAUGCAGAUCAGCUACUUAAUGAACCGUGCUUGUUUGAGGGCCCACAUUUCCAGAACUGUGACUUACAUGAGAACCAGGAAUCAUCUAUAGCCGAACAUGAUGCUGGAGAGUAUAGGGAAAACAAUUUGUGCCAAAAAGAUACAAAAAUGUGUGAUAUAUUAAAUCUUAAGAGUAUAGGGGACAAUGUUCAUCAAACUUGUGACAAAACUUCUGAAUGGCAAUUAGAUUGUAAAAUCCAUAAAGACAUUAAAAAGGGUUGA